CGGAGCAGCCUUUGCAGAUGUGUGUCCUGAUCCGUUUCCAGCAGAGCCUCUUCUCAUGCCAGUGUGCUGACUCGGACUUUUCCACCCUCUCCCAUGAAAUCAGAGCGGGGGGACAUCAGAGCCGUCCAGUAGCUGGGUGUAGAUGCCAGCGAGCGUGCGCACACCCGCGUGCACGCGGGUUAAAAACGCGUCCUCUGUCUGCACGUACGGACCCUCACCACAACGUAAUGAAUGCAUGUAAAUAUGGGGAACGGUCCGAGGCUUAUGGGGAACAGCUCUGCCGGCGUGAACUGUUCUACACAGACAUGUGGUGCAACGCGGUGCAGGAUCACGAUAAAGUCUGCAGCAUGUUUACUCAAAUGUUGUUUAUUUUAAUGACUUUAUUGGGGGACGUGAGAGUGGAGCGCAGAAAAUCUAUUUGCAUGAUGCUUGUGUAAUUAUUGAGGGAGCCGAGAGUGGACCUUUGGACUGUGUGUGUGUGUGUGUGUUUAUGAACAAGUUUAUGAAAUGAUAAUGAUAAAAGUGUCGACAGAGCAUUUUUGAUAUAAUACUAUAACCUCAGCUUGCUGAGAUGAAGUGGUUAAAGAUGCUUUAUGCUGCUGCUGUAGGUGGACGUGUAUGAUUGAAGUGCUGUUGCUGUAAAAAAAAAAAAAGCAAACAUUAACACUGGUGACUUUGCACAUUCUCAUUUCUUGGUGCAGUUGUCAUGUUAACGUGCUGCUUUUCAGCGUUUCUCCACACUGAGAACACUCGGUCUCGCUGAGCUGCGUGUCCUCCAGACGCACUGUUCCGCAGCCUCUUUCUAAAUUAUCCGACGUGAACCCUGCUGCAGCAAGCAACACUUUUCAUAACGUGACAUUUCAGAGAAAGUCCCAGUUUACUUUAUUGCUUGAUAUGAGCUCGUCUUCUUGUAGUCACAGGUUUUGUGAGUAUCUUUCUGUCUUUUUCCACCCAUUAAUCACAUGUUUUUGCGUCACACUCUUAGUAUUUAUUGUUAUGGGCUUUCUUCCCUGGAUGUAGUUAAUUGGCUUUAAUAUUUGUCUUUCCUGGAGAAAUCAGACCCCGUAGUCACUUUGGCUUUUGAUAUAUUUGCUAGUAAUUCAGUGACUCUUUCAUGCCAUGCUUCAAAACUACCUGAAUCCAUUGUUACUGAGAUAAGUAUUGGGGUCUAACAGCAAUGAAUGUGAGCGAGGGUCUUGUAAAAAGAAAAAGUGGAUAAUGUGCAAGCAGUGAAGGCAUUGCAUUAACACAACUGUAUUAAAGCACUUUGAGUCCCUACACCCCCUCACUGAAGCCAAAUGUAGUAUUUUUUGUGAAACCUUGUUAAAGCAAUGGCAAAGCUCAGGUUCUGCAUUUCCAGCCCAGCUUUACACCAGACGCCACUAUAAUAUAACUGGAAGAAGAAAAAGGCUGAUUCAAAAUGUCACCUUGUGGUGAAAAACAUUUAAUUACACUUUUGUGCAGUACAGCUACUCAUUUAACUUGGUCAAAUGGUAUAUUUCUGAAUUAAUUGUUCACUUGCACUUGUAAUACUUCAGUUUUUGGAUAUUUUGGGCUUUUUACAGCAUCAAAUCAUCAGUUUAACUCAUUCAUGUACAAGUGGUGAAGUGUCAGGCUUUGACCUGGACAGGUGAUCAUAGGUUCAAAACAAUCUCUCUACAUGUCAAAUGGUAUAAGGAUGCCCACUGUUCCGAUGGAAACAUUAUAUGGGUUUAUAUUGACUACAUGGGGCGUGUGUGAACGUUCUCGAAGACAGUUGGAGAGAAUCCAUAGAUCAGCUUUGCGCUCGGUUUUGUCUUUAGAGAAAUCUCAAACUUGCAACAUCAGUCUGAGGGAGCGUCCGCCGUGACCCCUCACCCUCUAACCUUUCCUGUUCUUUGGCUUGGGCCCCACACCAUGACCCCAUCAGCCUCUACCCUCCUCUGGUCUGCCUCGUCAGCUCCUUCAGAACAGACACAGAUGAUUAAGAUUUGAAGACCGUGUUGCUGCCACAGCGACGCCAAAACAAGGUGUGCUUGGAAAAACUCCAAUAUUCAGAUGCUCUCAAGGAGGAACAUGUGUCUGUGUUUUAACUAAUGUUUCUCUCUGCCUAAGAUCUAAUAAUUUGCGUGCAUGUUAGUUUUAUGGCAGAGGUACUGGAAGGAUGUUGGACCACGGGGACCUGGACUGUUUACCAGGGACCACAGGAGGCCUGGGCCGAGCCUCCCUCUCCUCUGAUUAGCCGUGAGCCUCAGAGCGCAGGAGAACAGAGAACAUGCGAGAGAUGCGUCAUGGCCGUCUCCCUGUCCUCCUCCAACCUCCUGCUCCUCCUCGUCUCCUCCCUGGAUUGGCUGUCGGCUCCAGGCUCCGCCUUCCUCAUGGACCACGCGUCGGCGCCAGCGCCCCUCGAGCCGCAUUUCACAGAGUGCACGUCGAGGAACCGCGAGACAUUCCGCUGCCGGUGGAGUCCGGGCCGCUUCCACAACCUGUCGGCUCCCGGAGCGCUCCGAGUCUUCUACAUGAGGAAGCAGCUUCCCUUCAUUUCCCCGACCAGCGAGUGGAAGGAGUGUCCACAGUACAUAUACGAGAACAAGGAGUGCUUCUUCGGCGUGAACCACACGACCUCGUGGCUCACGUACUGCGUGCAGCUCCGCGGCCAGAACAACGUCACCUACUACAACGAGGACGACUGUUUCACCGUGGAGGGUAUCGUUCGUCCCGAUCCGCCGGUGUCUCUCAACUGGACCCUGCUGAAGAUGAGUCCCUCCGGGCUGAGCUAUGAUGUGAAGGUCACCUGGAAUCACCCGCCCUCGGCGGACGUCAAGGUGGGCUGGAUGCACCUGGAGUACGAGCUCCAGUACCAGGAGAGAAACGCCACGAGCUGGGAGGCGCUGGACAUUCAGACGGACACCCAGCAGACCAUCUACGGCCUGCAGGCGGGAACGGAGUACGAGGUGCACAUCCGCUGCAGGAUGUUUGCCUACACCAAGUUUGGAGAGUUCAGUGACUCCAUCUUCAUCCAGAUGCCUGGAGGCGCCGUCCUCCCCAUCACGCUCAUCGUCGUCUUCGGCAUCGUGGGCAUCCUCAUCCUCAUCCUGCUGAUCGUCGUCUCCCAGCAGCACAGAGUGAUGAUGAUCCUGCUGCCGCCGAUUCCCGCACCCAAAAUUAAAGGCAUCGAUUCAGAGCUGCUGAAGAAGGGCAAACUGGACGAGCUGAACUUCAUCAUGAGCGGCGAAGGUAUGGGAGGCCUGCCCACGUACGCGCCGGACUUCUACAGAGACGAGCCGUGGGUGGAGUUCAUCGAGGUGGACGCCGAGUAUCCAGAGGGUGGGGAGAAGGAGGAGGGCCAGAGCUCGGACACCCAGAGGCUGCUCGGCCUGCCCCAACCCUCCGUCCACAUGAACCGGACCUGUUCCAGCCCAGCCGGCUUCGCCGAUGGAGACUCGGGUCCGGCCAGCUCCUAUGACCCAGAUGUGCCUAAUCAAGACACCCUAAUGCUCGUGGCCGCCCUGCUGCCAGGCCAGCCUGAGGACGGGGAGGCCCCUGCGGGUGCGGCAGAGAGGUCCCCGCCUCCAGAGCGAGGGGAGGCGCCCGCCGUGCACGUCCAGGCGACCGGGCCCCAGACGUGGGUCAACACCGACUUCUACGCGCAGGUCAGCAACGUCAUGCCCUCCGGAGGCGUGGUGCUGUCGCCGGGCCAGCAGCUCCGGAUCCAGGAGGCCUCCUCCGCCACGCAGAGGGAGGCGCAGAAGAAAGGGGCGGAGCGCGAGGACGCCGAGGAGGCCGAAGGCAAGGAGCACCAGGAGCUGCAGUUUCAGCUGCUGGUGGUGGACGCCGAGGGCGGCGGCUACACCUCCGAGAGCAGCGCCCGGCAGAUGGGCGCUCCCCCCGGGGCCCACGCGGCCGGCGAAGGCCCCGGGGCCGCGCGGCCCCACCCCCACGGCGGCCCUGCAGCCACCGCGGGGGAGCACCCGUCGCCUUACAUCCUGCCCGACUCCCCCCCGCCACCGGCCUUCGCUCCCGUCGCGGACUACACAGUCAUACAGGAAGUGGACAGCAAGCACAGCGUGCUCGUCGACCCCCCUCCCCACCAGCCCCCCCCCUGCCUGCCGCAGCACCCGGCCAAGACCCUGCCCGCUCUGCCCGUGGGCUACGUCACGCCGGACCUGCUGGGCAACCUGGCUCCGUGACGCGACAACACACACGCACGCACACGCACACACACACCAGGUGUCGUGUUCGUGGGGGACGCCGACUCCGACGCAGAGAGGUGGAAAAAGACGCAAGCUUUAAUCUUGACUCUCAAUCGAUGCAAACGCAGCCAAACAUGCACGCCACAAACCAAAUGCACAGCUCGCCCUGUCUGUCGGCAAAUAUGCAAAAGACACCGAUACGAGGCCGCGAUGUUUGGGAGUCGAGGAGCGCCGUUUGACAGACCACGCGCCCUGGGUGGCGGCGCCGGCUGAACUGAUGAAGUCUUAAUCAAGCAGAGAGUGAAAGGAGCGGCACUGGAUUCAGGGGCAGGAAACAAGCACACUGUCGUGAUCAGAGAACAAGUCAUGGUUGUUGUCACCCAUACCUCCUGCUAGCUGAAGUGUCGUGCUGCUCAGUUGUGGCUCAUUUUAUAUUGGCGUCGUAUUAGUACAGUACUUCAUUAGAGAUCUAUUUUUAUACCAUAAACAAAGUAUUAGCUGAGAGGCAGAACCAACUAACCCUAGAAACACAACUAUGCAGUCUGACCUUGCAGGUUUCCUGAUGCUGUGCUGUUCACAUUUAAAUGAAUGAGUAGCCAAUCUGAUAUGAAGUCCAAUUAUUAUUGCUCUGCAGCCAAAAUAUAGUUUAAACACUAAGUUCCAUAAUAUAUAAAAGAAGAGAAGAGCUGUAAUCACCCAGAUGUGAACAUCUGGCUCUAUAACCAUUGCAUUGUUUGACCUACGUGGAUGAUGUUGAAAGGCAAUUUGGGAAAUGAAGCCGCUCAACGUGAAUUAUUUUCUAUAAUGCAUAGAGUAUUACAGCCUCAUUUUCUCUCAUCCUCAGUUCAUUUUCAUUGGAUUUCGUCUCAUUGUGAGAAGAUUCAACUGGGAACAUAGUUAGCGGAAUAUUAAAAACUGCAUUAGCCUUAGCUUAACUAGUGAAUUGCCUGCUAAGUGGGAGGAUUAAAGCGGAUUCUCCGACAGACGGCGGUGAACGCAGAGCACCAAGUGCCUUGCCCAAGAGCCCAUUGACAAACUGUAGCUAGUUAGCAGAUGUGAAGGCGCACGCUUAGUUUUGCUGCGUCACAUCAUAUCAAAUUUAAACCAGCAUCCAUCACGAUCUGCCGCAUCGGCUCCAACCCCAAUGAGUAGCUGUUACUAACAAAGAGGCGUCAACUGGAGCAAGUUGAAAGACUGUGAAAGUGAAGAAAGGCUGUAAUCAGCCAUGUUCAUCAAUCUGCCAUAUUACUGACCUGUGCCUAUGAUAGUGUUAUUGGAUUUCUGCUUACACAACUGGGAUUUGUGCAUCUAUAUAUUACUAUGGCUGCUAUAUAUAAAUGUAUUCAUGUAAAGUCCUAUUACAAAGACACUGCACGUUCACUACUGCGGUGACAUGCAUGCGUAUGCACACGCUAAAUCAGAAACGUUUGCCUUAAACGAUGUGUAACUCUGCCUUACGGACAUAGCCAUAAAUGUUAUGGGCUGAAAUAGUUGCGAGGCUGAAAAUGUUCUGUGGCCACCAAACCGUAAUUUGCAUGUUUCCUGUUACGCUCAUUAGGUUGACCACAGUUUCCAAACCAGAAAUGUUGAUGAGAGCUCGUGGAGAGGAGCCCUGGUUUGCUGAUUCUCGUCGUAGAGAGGUGAGCGAUGAAUACCCGGGGAUUCUGAGUCAGCUGCAGAGUCCAGUCUGUUGCAGAUGUUGCUUAUUGGGUUAUUCAUCCACAUUAGGCUGCCCUCGGCUCAGUGACAGUGAUCGCGGCCCGUGUGGGUGAUAAUAAUGUGGGCGGCCUUUUGUGAAGGGUUUACGGUCCCGUGUGCCUGUGACAAACACAGCAGCAUAUCGUCCCGCGUACAAUAAGCUACCCAAGCUUAGGCUAAUAGAAGCGCUGUGUUGUGCGUGCUUUUGUAAUGGAACACAAUGGAUCGACAUUUCAAGUCCAUGAAUGAAGGAGACUGAGGCAUUGUUGUUGCAUCGAGGAAGCCUCAGAGUGAGCACAUCUCACCACAAACAAGGAAGCGCAUCCUGCCUUUGAAUGAUGUUGUUGUGGAAUCAUCCCCGACUCACUCUGACGGGUCCAGACACAAACCCGCAGGCAGGAGCCGGAAAGGGUCCUUUUCAAAAAAAUGUGAAUAUAUCUUUCUUACAAAUUGCUCAGCGUGGUUGUUGUUGUUUUUGUGACACCAGCAAGUCAGUGCUAUUGCAUAAAUGUCUUAAUAUAUUUGCUAGUUCUGUGAAAUUACAGUUAUAUAUAAAUGUUCAUGUCAUAAUAUUACUAAUUACAAUAUAUUGCUGCUCGGUACAUGUUUUGUUUUUUAAUCGAAGGGGUCGUUUAAAACCACACACUAAGCAAAUGUACAUGUUCGAUUGUAAAAUCUGCUAAUUGGGAUUUUACUCAUGUAAAUGUUUUUUUUUGUAAUGUGGGUUAAAUGAUGAGAAUCUGUAAUUUGGUUCAUGAUCCAAACUGAGUGUGUGUGUGUGUGUGUGUGUGUGUGUGUGUGUGUGUGUGUGUGUGUGUGUGUGUGUGUGCGUGCGUGCGUGUGCGUGAAGGACUUCAUAGAAGAGAAAACAAGCACUGUUGAGGUUUCGUUUCAUGGGUACAGCGGUGAUUGUGAAUGUAUGUGAACUGGAACAGGAAAUGUAAUAAAAACCAUAUCUUCUCUUUAGAGGUUGUAGGUUGUAGGGAUUACAAGCGCAGGGGUGUCGUUUUGUACAGGAGUUCACCACAUUGUGUCUGCUUUUGCUGCCAGAUCAACGUGAGUUCACUAAAGCGUAACAGCUGGUUAUGUCAAACAUGUAAAGGUUACAGACACUUUAGAGCAAGCACUUUGUACGCGUAUAUUUUAAAUAGUAUUCAGAUUUUGUAUCUCAGAGUCUAAUUUCCAUGUUAUAGAUGUUUUUAUUCAGCACAAUAAUCAGACGUCGAGGAACCUUCAAUAAGCUUCUUUGUUUUUCUACAGAGUUUAUGUUUAUAGGACAUAUUUUACACUACCAGGUUAAUAGGAUGCUGUACUGUAAUGAAGUAUGUAGUACGACUAGACAGAGCACAUAUGUAGAUGUAGUUCUUUACCGUGUCAUCUCAGAAUCCUGGCGGAGCCGUCGCUCUGCACUCUGUGCUUUCAGCCUUUCAGUAUUAAACGCCAUGUUUUGGCGCAGCUUCAGUGUUUUAUGAUGAUGCGUUCUGGCCUUCAGCUUCUCGGUUUUGUGUCGGUUCAAGGUAGCUUGUGUUGCUCUGUUACGCCUGGAAGUGAUGUCGAAUGCUGGAAUUUGUGUUGCUCCGAGACCGGGAGCGUUUCUUUUCCGCCUCGUUGGGGGAAAAUGCUUUAAUUCUUGCCUUGUGUGCGGCGGCGUGGGUCUGUUUGGUUGAGCGGUGAGGUCGGCGACUCCAAUCUACAUUUCUGUUGAUGUUUUGUUUUGUCAGAGCCACCGUCUCAUCUGACUGCAGUGGAUACGGCAUCGUGACUAAUGCCUUGUGUUUUCCUUUGACAUUUGUCAACCAGUCUCAUAAAACUGGAAAAUACUCUACAUGUCCGUAUUAAAAGCAGCUGCACUGUCAAACUGUCAUUUUAGUUUCAUUAACUUGUUUGGCCUCCCCAUAUAUUUUUUUUAUAGCGCAAUUAUAUUUUCCCAUUCUGGGAGCGCGACCCUGGAGACACGGCUCUGGUUUGUUGGUUGUUGCUGUACUCGAGGCCAAGAUCUGUGUUGAUCUUCAAUGGUUUGAUGAUGUUCUACUACAUGUCAACAAUAAGCUCUCAUCAUGUUACACAAUAAAUGUAUAUACAGCA